GUAAGGCUCUUGUUUAGCGUAGCAUAUCUUGGCGGCUCUUCGUACUGUGACUGCGGUAGCUUCAGUCCGCUUCAACGUUGUCGGUCGCUCGGAUAGUUCUAGGAAGUCCAGAACCUAGCCUUGUGCAAGCGGUUUGUUUGUGUAACAGCAUGAUCACUUGCGACUUAAGUUCUAGAUAGCACAUUCUUGUAAGUAGGCGUUGGUCGUCUCGUUUACGCGCUUGGUUUGCGGGCUUCCGCAGCGAAAGAACGGGCAGCCAUGAUCAAAUUCAUGCUUAUGGUCAAUAAGCAAGGUCAAACACGUCUUGCAAAGUACUUUGCUGAAUUCCUCACGACCGAUGAGCGGAGAGCCCUCGAGGGCGAAGUGGUCCGCAAAUGCCUUUCACGAACGGACAAACAGUGUUCCUUCUACGAGCACCGGCAGUACAAGGUGGUGUACCGGCGCUACGCCUCGCUGUUCUUCAUGAUUGGGGUGGAUGAUGAUGAGAACGAGUUGGCCAUCCUGGAGUUCAUCCACUGCUUCGUGGAGGUGCUGGACAAGCACUUUGGGCAGGUGUGUGAGCUGGACAUCAUGAACGAGCCGGAGAUGGUGCACUACAUCCUUGACGAGAUGCUGCUGGGCGGCUGCGUGGUGGACACCAACAAGGCCAACGUGCUGGAGCCGGUGCAGCUGCUGGAGGGGG